CGGACCCAUUUGGGUCGUCCAACCGCAACGGCCCAUCUCCACAUCACCGAGCCGCUCCCACGUUCGCGCCCGCCGGAAUCGGCCGCCGCAUCACGCACCGGCGGCGGCGGCGUCUUCUCCGACCGCCGCACCGGCACCCAUGUGGAAGCGCCUCCUGGAGACGACCAAGCAGGCCGCCUCCUCCGCCUCCAAGUCGGCCAUCACCGCCGCCGUCGCCCCCAAGCCCGCGACCUCCGCCUCCGCCUCCGCCUCCGCGUCCAAGGGCGACACUGCGGUCGCUGCCCCGAAGCUCUGCACCCUAAAGAGGCCCUUCUCCGGCCGCCGCGCCGCCGUCACCCCAGCCACCGCCGUCACGCGGGCCUCCCUCCUGCGGCUCAAGCAGGCUGCGGCCUCGAAGAAGACCACCUUGCCGUCCUCCCUCAUCCAAGCUCACGCCCACGCCCUAGACGAGGAUGAUGCCCCUGAGGCUCUCACCAAGGCGCUCAUGUCCGUCCUAGAUGUUCAAUGCUCAGGGCCUGAUGACGCGGAAGAGGCGACGCCCUCCGAAGCACCAGUGGACUCGGAAGAUACUGGGGAGGUUGCUACUAGCAACAACAUACUGGACUUUGAGUGGUUCAAGUCACCGCCAUCGGGGGACCCACUGAUGCAUUGGAGGAGGGAGGUGGCAAGGGAGAAGAAGAAACAGUACAUAUUCAAAAACGUCGAGAGCCGCCGCUACACGAAGCUGAUGCAGUUGUGCGCUAAUAAGCUUGGCACAGAGUCGACGAUUGAAUUUUUUGGAAAGCUGGGGAGGGAAACAGGGGUCAGGGAGUUCAAUUCAUUGAUUAGGCUUUGUCUAGACAAGGCGAGGGCUUGCAAGGAUGUUGACUCCGCCGUGGAGUAUAUUUACAGGGCUUACCACCUUUUUGAGACCAUGAGAGAUAAGGGGUUUACUAUUGAGCAAGAUGUUUAUGGCCCAUUCCUCUUGUAUCUUGUCGAUGUGGGGUUGUUGGAGGAAUUUGAGAUGUUCACUGCAUUCUUUAAGGAUGUGAAUCCACAGUCCUUCUCUAGAAUAGCUUAUUAUGAGAUGUUGCUUUGUAUUAGAGUUCAAGAUGAAGAAAAAAUUCAAGAACUUUGUCACUCUGUUGAAGACUACAACAAGGAAGCUCACUAUGACAUAGCAGAAAGUUACAUGUUAGCCUUUGCUGAAAGCGGCAGAAAGGAAGAUCUGAUCGCCUUGUUGGAUUUGCUUGAUCUAAUGAAAGUUUCAGGCUCAAAGUACAUAUCUAAUAUAUUCAAAUCAUUGGGUAGGCUAGAACUAGAGAACUAUGCUGAUAAACUUCUUCAGGGGAUGAGGUCAAAAGGAUGUGCUGAUGGAACCAUUUCACUCUUAAUUUUGGACUAUGCCGCAAAUAUACCGAACAUAAUGGUUGAAGACAUGUUAGUGGCAUUUCAUAAAUGGCAUGAUAAAUUUGAGGUAGCACCCUCUAUUGCUGCAUACAACAAGAUCAUCUCUAGAUGUUGCAAUUCAUUAAAGAUUAGCUUAGCUCUUGAUGUAGCUGACAGCAUGUGUAAAUCCGGUUCCAAUGUGCCAAUUGAGUCGUUUCACCCAAUCAUAGAUGCUUGUGAACAAGCAGGCGAACUUCACAUGGCCCGCCCCAUGUAUGAUUUGAUCCGUCACCACAAUUUGAAAUUGAAAAGCGAAACAUUCAGAAGCAUGAUAAGUUUAUUUGUAAAAAUGAAAGAUUUUGAAGGUGCUUACAAUAUACUCACAGAUGCUGAAGAAUCUGGGGAGAUAUCAACUGUAAGCCUGUAUAAUGUUAUAAUGCUCGGAUAUUAUAGGGAGAAAAACUACAAUGGAGCACAAAUGGUCAUGUCUCAAAUGCAGAUUGCUGGAGUAAAACCAGAUUCUGAAACAUUCAGUUAUUUGAUAGUGAACUGUGAGUCUGAAGAGAACAUUGCUAAGUAUCAUGACCAAUUACGGCAAGAUGGAAUUCAAAUUACUAAACAUAUAUAUAUGGCACUCAUUAAUGCAUACACAAGACUUGGGAAUUUUGAUAUGGCCAAGCAGGUUCUACUGGAUAAGGAAAUACCACGUAAGCUCCUCAGUGACAUCAAGAGUGCACUUGUAGGAGCGCUGGCAUCAAAUGGCCAGGUAUUGGAUGCACUUCGCAUGUAUGACGAUAUAAAGCAAUCUGGAGGCUCGCUAGAGCCAAAGGCUGCCAUUGCCCUGAUUGAUCAUAUUCGAACAGAAGGUGAACUGGAUAGAAUGCAUCAACUUCUUGAUGAGCUGAAUGACUCAAGCUGCUGGUUUGACGGGUGUGGCAGAGCUGUUCUGUACUGUGUUCAGCACAACUACCCUGAUGCUGCGAUUGAUUUACUUAAGCAGCUCAAGGAGAAAGACGAAAUGAGUACCUAUAUGGUUGUUGAUCAGGUUUUUUGCCAAAUAUGGGAAAUGGAGAUCACAAAUUUGGAUCUUGGAAUGGUGCUUCUCCAUGCUGUCAAAGAGCUCAGACUUAAUGUUUCUCGGACAAGCCUUGAUUUUCUUCUCAGUGCAUGUGUAAAGUCAAAGAAUUCACAGCGUGCCCAGCAGAUCUGGUCAGAAUAUGAAUCUGCUGGUCUUUUACACAACGUGCUGACUUCCUUGAGGAUGUAUCAGGCUCUUCUUUCAUCCGGGGGACGGAAGGCAGCUGAGAAGUUGCUGAAAAAGAUAUCAAAGAAGGACGAACAUGUGCGCUACAUAAUAGGAGCUUGUCGUAUAACAUACUGCAGUGAGGAUUUGAAGCCUUCUGCUACCAUUAGGUUUGGUUUGGAAAACAGAUCUAGUUCAAAACAAAUAGCUGCAAAUGAGGGGGCGGAGGGGUAAGAGAUCUAUUUAUUUUUACCCCUCCAGUUCCAUGAAAUACCGAAAUGAAAUGAAAUCAAUUCUUUUGCUCAGGCAAA